AUGCCUCUCUCUCAUCUGUUCACAUUGCCCGUUACUUGCUUGCGCGAGGCUAAUGCAGCGCCACAUUGGCAACUCCAACUGGGGAUGGUAGUUUCGGCACAGACGUUGUCAUCAGUAUCAUCACAUCAAGACACAUACAAAGGCCACACAGGCUUCUGGAGUUUUACGGACCUUGAACUUCUCACUACUUUUCACAUCCCUGCCCGGGAUCCUGGCCGUCCCGAUUCCCCGCCGAUGUUUUUCCCUUUAGGAACAGACGGGGACAGGAACAGACCGGCCAAGGAUAAGGACCCUGACCCUAGACAAUACAGUUCCAACCUUGACUCGAGUCCAUCUCCUCAAACUCCUAGCACCGCCUUGCUCCACGGCCCCAACAUCCCAAGCAUGUGGACCAGGCCACCACGUAGCCGGGGGGGGGGGGGGAUGAGCUAG